AUUUCUUACCGGAACUUCGUGCAGAAGACGUUUUGAAUUGUCAAUUUAGCAAAUGGCAUAACAAAUAUAAGAAACUAUCAACAAAAGCAAAAGUGGUUCCACUUCCAAAGGAUUUCAUUAUGUAUCUUAACGAGGAUGGAAUUGUAAUGCCAAUAGAAUGCAACCCAAAUGAUAGCGGUGAUGAUAGUGAUGAGGAAGCAGUACAGCCACCCUCAUUCCCCCAAUUGUCGUUGGCGAUUCGCGCAGCCAUCGAAAAAUACGGUGUUAUUAUACCCAAGUUGAAUUGGAGUACUCCAAUCGAUGCACGCUGGAUACACCCGACGAAUACGAUUAACUGUACAACACUGGAAGAAGUAUAUUUAUUGUUAAAAUCAUCAGAUUUCGUAGCGGGAGAGUUAGCUGGGCAGGCUUUUGAGGGUUGUGUGGACAGUCCACCAGAGACAAUAGAAUGGGAAUUAGCAUUGAAGCAGCAUAUAGAGAUAUCACGUAAUCAGGAGUUUAGAGUUUUUGUCAGGGAUAACAAGAUCGCAGGGAUUUGUCAGCGCGAUUUGAACUUUUAUGAGUUUUUACAAGAAGAGGAGACGCAGGAGAAUAUAAGGAACUUGAUAAAGACAUUCUGGGAUGAAAAUGUCAAAGAGACAUUCCCUAAUGAUAAUUAUGUGAUGGAUGUCUACAUCAAUCAACACGAUAGAGUGAUUAUCGUUGACUUCAAUGUAUAUGCAUUACGUACAGAUAGUCUGUUGUUCAGCUAUGAGGAGCUACAACAAGCCUUUCAAUCAAAUGAGCUGUUAUUCAAGGUGAUUGAUACGCCCUCAGAUCCACUGGCCCAAACCGGAUCCUAUUAUGCGAGUUCGGCGGUGCCAAAGGACCUGAUUGACGCCAGCCAGGGUAAAAACGCAUUAGAAUUUCAACAAACAUGGAAUGAACUCAUAGAGACCAGCAAGAAAGCCUAAUAUUGUACAUUUAUAUCGAUCUGCCGCAUUUGUAACUUGAGGCUAGAGAAAUGACGAAUGUCCCGAGUGAUAUAACAC